AUGGCACAAACGCGCCUAUCGCAACUUACAUCACAUCUUCAUGCUGAAAAUAUGAAAAGCCAAACCAAAGCUACUAACUACGCCAUUACCGAACAACCUCUUGGAACACCUCGACAAAUACGCAUUAUCUGUAUCGGCGCUGGCGCAAGCGGUAUCAACCUCAUUCGCACCCUGCGGCUUCAUCUUACCAACUACGAACUGGUCGUGUACGAGAAAAACUCCAGCGUCGGCGGUACCUGGUACGAGAAUCGCUACCCGGGAUGCAAAUGCGAUAUUCCAUCUCACAACUACCAGUUUUCUUGGCGGCCCAAUCAGACCUGGAAAAGCUUUUUUUCUCCCGCAAACGAAAUCGAGGAAUACUUGUGUCGCGUGUGCGAGGAGGAGAACCUCGAGGGCCCGAUUCGCACGAAACAUCAAGUCAUCCAUGCCGAAUGGCAUGAAGAAGAUGGCCAGUGGUGGGUGAAAAUCAAGAAUCUUGUUACCAGAGAAGUUUUCGAUGACAGGGCCCAUUUCUUGCUUGAUGCACAUGGCAUCUUAAACUCUUGGAAAUGGCCUGAUAUUCCAGGCCUGCACGAUUUCAAGGGCGAGCUCGUCCAUAGUGCGGACUGGCCUAAAGACUUUGACUAUUCUAACAAGACCGUCGCCGUUAUUGGAAAUGGAUCCUCGGGCAUUCAGAUCGUUCCUGCCAUCGAACCAGAGGUAAAACAGUUGGUCCACUUUAUCCGUUCCCCGACUUGGAUUGCUCCACCUAGAAUCCAGACCCUACAAAUGAGCGAUGCCAGCGAUAUAUUAUCACAGAUCGAGCUUGACGAGAAUAAUGAAGACUUUACUACCGCCCAAAAAGAAAAAUUCGUUAAAGAUCAUGCAUUCUAUAAGAAGUUUGUGAAGGCAGUGGAGAAACAAGUGAAUGGAAAUUUCCCUAUUAUGAUCAAAGAUGGCAAGGAGGCCCAAUUUACCAAGGAGCCUUUGCGGAUGUAUAUGGAAGAGGCACUUGGAAAUGAUGAGCGGCUUUGUAAGGCCUUGAUUCCAACUUUUCCCGUUGGUUGCCGUCGACUCACCCCGGGCACGGGAUACCUAGAGGCACUUCGGAAGCCUGGCGUUCGUGUGGUUACUCAAGCUAUUAAGCGCAUUGUUCCUGAGGGAGUCGAAACGGUAGAAGGCGAGCUCAUCAAGCUCGACUCCAUCGUGUGUGCUACGGGUUUCGACGUGUCGUUCACUCCACAGUUCCCCAUUAUCGGCCGCGAUGGAAAUCUCCAGGACAUAUGGCAGGCAGAAAGACCGCGUGCUUAUAUGUCAUGUGCUGUUCCUGGAAUACCCAACUACUUUGUAUUUCUUGGCCCCAGUGCCCCUAUAGGCCAUGGAAGUGUAUUCACCAUCACGGAACACGUCGCCAAGUACCUGACGCGCAUAAUCCGCAAAUGCCAAUAUGAAGGAAUCAAAUCCAUCUCUCCUAAUGCAGCCGCAGUUGAAGAGUUCUACGAGCAUAUCGAUACCUUUAUGCCACGGACCGCUUGGGCCGGUCGCUGUCGGUCGUGGUUUAAAAACGGUCAGGAGAAUGGACCUGUGAUCGCCCUGCAUCCGGGCAGCCGCAUUCACUUUUUCCACAUGCUCGAGCAAUUCCGUGGCGAAGACUGGGACUAUGUGUAUGAAAAUAAACAUGGUUGUCGAGAAAACCGGUUUGCAUAUCUCGGCAAUGGGUUCUCGACAAAGGAAUUGGACCCGGCCUACGACUCUACGUGGUACCUGAAUGAGCCAGAUGCUUUUUAG